AAACAUAACGCAAUAUAAAUCUCCUUGUUCGUCAUUUACAGGAAAUCGACAAUAUCUACAACAGAACAGAGAAGAUGAGUUCCAUUAACAAAGACAAUGAAGAAUGCAUAGAUGCCAUGCUGUUCCGCAACUCUCAUCUCUUCCCCAUGGUCUUCAAAGCAGCCAUCGAGCUCGAUCUAUUCUCAAUCAUAGCCAAAGCUGGGCCCGGUGCUCACAUUUCAGCCGCCGAGGUUGCGUCUCAGCUGCCUACCAACAGCCCUUCAGCACCUUCAAUGCUUGAUCGCGUGCUACGUUUCUUGGCUAGCCAUUCAGUCAUCACCUACUCUUUGCGCACGCUUGAAGAUGGUAGAACUGAAAAACUUUACGGUCUCACACCCGCCUCUCAACUUUUCGUCGGCAACAAUGAUGAAGAUGAAUCCCUCUGGUCUGAUCUUUUGGCCCUUCCCUACCACCCAGCUGUGCAGCAAGUUAGCAUGCGUAUGAAGGAUGCCAUUCUUGAAGAAACUGGGGAUUUGUUCAAGAAAGUUCAUGGUGUGACUAUGUUCGAGUACAUGAGAAAUGAUCCCACUUUCAACAAUGUUUUCAAUAAAUCAAUAGCUGCAAAUUCUCAAAUUACCAUGAAGGGGAUUCUUGAGGUAUACAGAGGAUACGACGGACUUGCAUCACUGGUUGAUGUUGCUGGUGGAACUGGCAAAUGCCUCCACAUGAUCACAUCCAAGUACCCUUACAUUAAGGGUAUCAAUUAUGAUUUGCCUCAUGUGAUACACAGCGCACCAUCUUAUCCCGGUAUCAAACAUGUUGGUGGAGAUAUGUUUUCAAGUGUUCCAGUAGCGGAUGCAAUUAUGUUAAAGGAUAUAAUUCAUAACUGGAAUGAUGAGAACUGCAUAAAAAUUUUAAAGAAUUGUCACAAAGCGCUAUCGACUAAUGGAAAAUUGAUUAUUAUAACUGCAAUGUUGCCGGAAGAACCUGAUUCAAGCAAGUCUUCUAUGUUUGUUUCUGGAGCUGACAGCAUCAUGUUCAUGCUUACUUCAUCUGGGAAAGAGAGGACAACAAAAGAAUUGGAGGCCUUGUGCAAAAAAGCUGGAUUUUCCAACUUUCAAGUCGCUUGUGAUUUUCAAGGGGUUCGGAGUGUCAUGGAAUUUUAUAAAUAAGGGUGCGUAAUCAAUUUGCAAGAAUAUUUACUUUCUUUGGCUCUUUUUUUCUUUCAUGGAGUUGUUUUAGCAGUAUGGAAACCGAAUAUCACGAAAGCACAUUUUAAUAAAUUUUGGGUAAGCCAUUGAUGAAGCUUAAUGCUCUAACACUUCUAUAUCUCGAACUCAAUUAGCUUUCUGUAGUUCUUAUUUCAUGUCUUUCCCUCAAUAAACCAGAAUGAAUUUAUGUAUCUAAUAUCCAUACCUUCCUUCAUAAAAGAACACUCUUGACUUUCA